GGAUGUAGACGAUAAAUAAAAAAACGACCACGAAGAGAAAAUCGCGCCAUAUGCAAACCCUAGACCUUUCGAAUCCAAUUUUUACAAUUAUUCUCCUUAGAAUUGGUCUUCUAAAUUUACAUUUAUCGUUUUAAUCUCGCAAUUUCGGUCUUCUUCUCCCUUUUCCAGAAAAGAAAACGAAAACAAUUUUCUUUAGUUUGCUGUUCGCCUUUUCCCCGCGUUUCAAAGAAAUCUCUUCAUCCUUUUUUUGCAGGGAAUGUUAAUUGAAUGGGAGUAAUUUAGAUUUCGUUAAUUUGAUUGCUUUUUUGUUCUAAUAAUUGUUGUGUGGUGUUUCGGAAUUAGGGUUUUCCUCUUUUCUUGAUUGGAGCUAGGGCUCGUUCGUCUUAUUUGAACGAAGAAGAUUCUUCAUUGUCUAAUUCUCUGCGGGGUGCAUUUGUUUUAUUGAUAUUGGAAACAUGCCGAAAGAGUAUCCUGUGCUUGAUAACAGUCCCAUUAACAAGUGGAAGGUAGCCCAGCUGAGGGAAGAGCUUAAGAAGCGGAACUUACCUGUUAAGGGAUUGAAGGAAGCAUUGGUGAAUAGAUUGGAUGAAGCAAUCCAGAAGGAAAUGGAAGCGCGUGAGAUGGAAGAGAAGGAGGGCUCUGAGAGUGAAAGUAAACCUAUGUCUUCUGAUGGUGUUCAAAUAGUUGAUGAUGCACAUAAGCACAUCACUAGUGAAUUUUGUGAAGCAGAAGCUACGGUGGCUAAAGAUGACACCACGCAGAAGCACAUCACCGGUGAAUCUUGUGAAGCAGAAAAUACCGUGGCUAACGAUGACACUAGUGAUUGCCCCAAAGGAAUAGACUCUGCAAAAUGUAUAGACGUUGCUCCAACUGGAAGUGCUGUUCAUUUUGCAAUGGAUGGGGAAAGAAAAGAUUUCGAUACCCCUUCAGAAAUUAUUCCAUCAGUUGAUGCAAACAAUGGAAUGUCCGAUUCCGAUAGGAUUGCUUCAACUGAGAGGGCCCCAAAAGACACAGUUGGGGAGGAUGAGGUCGUGAAGUCCCAACAUGAUGUGGAAGUAAAAAUAAUUUCUGCUGAAGAGACAAGUGAUUUCAAAGUUUUGGAGAAUUGUAAUGUGGUGCCUGACACGUCUGGGGAAAUCACUUUGGGCAACAAAAGUGAUCCAGAGGAGGGAUUUAAAAAACUUACGAAGAUGGAUGCUGAACCCGAUUUGUCCCACCCAAGCACCACGCAGGUACAUGAGGUUAUCCCUAGUUUAGGGUCUGAAGUAAAAUCUGACUCAAUUCAUACUGAUACUUUGCCCAUUUGCGUAACAAACCAACUUAAUGAUGAUUUGAAUCCUGAUAAUGUCAAAUUAGAACAAGAAAUUGUUAGGUCCGAGAUGGUUCUUCCAUCAUCCAGCAAAGACCUCCCAGGUGUUGAUCAUCCUAUGGAUGAUAAAAUGCCAAGCAAGAGUGAUGGUCUUGUUGGAGGAACUGACGACGACAAGUCCUCAUAUGUGAACUAUAGCAUGACAAAUGAAAAUGCGGACCAGUCUUUAGUAGUAGAUGUUCCCAUUAUAGAACAUAAUAAGAGUUCAAAUAGUAAUGAGCUGCUGGAAGGGCUUCCAAAAGAUGGAAAUGUGAAUGGAGCUGACUUUUCAUGUAAAGAGAAAGAAUCACCUGAAGAAAAAGUUGAUGUGGGUGUAUCUGCCAAGGAAACUGAUUUUAAAGAUGUUUCUGCUUUAGAGCGUAACAUGGAUCAUAACACUUCAAAUAACACUGAGAGGCUGGGAGGGUUAUCAAAGGAUGCAAAUUCAAAUGAAGAUAAGUUUCCAUGCAAAGACAAGGAAUCAUUGGAAGAAGAAACCAACAUUGACUCCUCCACCAAGGAAGCCAGUUUUCAUGAUGUUUCCAUGAUAGAACAUACCACCGAUGAUAUGAGUAUCAAUAGUACUGAACUUAUGGAUGGUAUGCAAAAAGAUGAAAAUUUAUUUGUUGACAAGGUUCCAUGUGAAGAUAAGGAUUCAUCUGCUGAGGAAAAAGCUGAUAUUGAUUCUUCUAAAAUGGAUACCAAUUUUCAAGGUAAAGAGGACUCGUCUGAAGAAGAAAAAAUUGAUGUUGAUGUUUCUGCACAGGAAACCAAUUUCCAAGCUGAAGGUGAAUCUACAGAUUCUGGUUUUGGCAAGGCUACUGAUGUAGCAGGAGAGAAUCUUGAGAAAAUAAAUCUCGACCAGUCAUCUGCAGAUGAUUCCAUGGACGAGGACAUAGCAGAUUCAAAGAAUAUUGAUUCUGAGGCUUCUGAGCACAUCUCCUUUGAAGUGCUGGGUAAAAACAAAGAAGAACCACUUACCAAGGAACCCAGAGUUGAAUUGGAAGGUGGUUCUAAAGCUACAGAGUUGUCUGACAUCCAUUCUGCUGCAUGUGAAGUUUACCUUGAAGAUGGGGAUAAAAAUCUCAAUCUACCUGAUAAGAGAAAAUUUCAAGAUGCAGUGGCACCAGAGAACAAGGAACCUGCCAAAAGGCAGCGUAAAUGGAACUAUGAAUCUUUAAAGACAUCUGAACCAAAAACCUCUAGUGUCUUGCUCCUCACACCAAAGCAAAUCUCAGUGCCAAAGUUCACUGGCAGCGACUCUAUGAUCGACACAGAUGCUCCAAAGGAGCGCAUUGUUCUAGAAUCGUCAAGAACACCUACCGAUUCUCUCAGAAUUGAUAACUUUGUGAGGCCGUUCACACUGAAAGCUGUGCAAGAGCUCCUUGGAAAAACUGGGAAGGUUUGCAGUUUCUGGAUGGACCAUAUCAAGACCCAUUGCUAUGUCACGUUUUCAUCUGUGGAGGAAGCUAUAGAGACUCGAAAGGCAGUGUACAAUCUGCAGUGGCCCACAAAUGGAGGCCGCUGCCUGCUUGCCGAUUUUGUGACCCCACAGGACGUGAAGUCAAAAAUAGAGGCAACAGCCCCUCCCAAGCCAGCUGCCCCUCCAGCAACCGGCGCCAGUGCGGGGCCCACCCCUGCCCCUCGGGCGGCCAACACUUCUUCGCAGCCGCCCGCCGGGCAGCAGAAAGGCAUGGCUCCCUGGGAACAAGGGGAGCGGCCCCACCCCCUGUCCCGACAACUGCCUGCUUAUGACCGCCGACCUGCUACAGUGAAAGAGCGGGCCCCACCUGUUGCUGACAAAGCGGAACCGCCCUUGCCCACACUCGACGAGCUGUUCAGGAAGACGAAGGCCACCCCUCGGAUAUACUAUUUGCCGCUGACGGACGAGCAAGUCUCGGCAAAGCUCAACAAACAACUCAAGAAGUAGCUUUUGGUUUUUUGGGGCAUGUUUGAUACAAUAAGUUCCCCUUUUUAGAAGGCUUAGUUAAAGUAUGUCCCUAAUUAGACUUUCUUGUUUGAGCUUAUUGACUUAUUAUUAUCAUUAUAGAUAUAGUCUAUAGACUAGUAAUAACACCCAUAGUUUGGUAGCAUUUUUGGUUUUAGUUUUGCAAUUCCUUUGAAGAUUUUAGUUGGUUACAGAACAAAUAAUGUGCUCUUUUGUACUUGUACUUGAAAUUGAACACUUUCGAUGAUGAUAUGUGUACUUGUACUUAAUUUGUGGUGCUUGAGUUAGGGGUCUCUUUGAAAAUAGUCUCUCUACUUUCGACUGAAAGUAAAUUUGAAUACACAGA